CGGUCAUAUUAGCACAAGGCCAUACUCCAGCACAAGAGCAAGACCACACUCUCACGCUGAAACUGGUUCGUUUGUUCUACGAGAUGUCAAAAGUUACCGUCUGUGUUCGUUUCCGGCCUUCCAAUUCAAGGGAGAAAGCAGAACGCGGAGAGUCCCCCAGCAUCCAAGAAAUAGAUCAAGAAACCUUUAUUUUCAAAGACGAUAAGGACGGAGAGCUCAUGUUUAGUUUUGAUCGAGUGUUCUAUCAGGGUUCCACUCAAGCUGAUGUCUUCGAUUUCGUUGCCAUGCCUGCAGUUCGAGACGCUGUGAGUGGGAUAAAUGGGACAAUCAUCACCUACGGACAGACUGGAGCCGGCAAAACAUAUAGUAUGGAGGGCCCUGGUAUAUAUGCUUGCGCUGAGGAGCAAAAAGGCCUACUGGUACGUGUAAUAGAAGGGCUCUUUCAGUUCAUUGAAUCUGCUGGUGGAGAAUCUGAGUACAUUGUCAAACUCUCAAUGGUUGAAAUAUAUAUGGAGAAAGUAAGAGACCUUUUUGAUCUGUCAAAAGGCAGCAUUCAGGUUAAGGAGAGUAAGAGUCGUGGGAUAUUUCUCUCAGGAGCGACUGAGGUCUGUAUUUCUGACACUAAGCAGGCACUGAAGCACCUCUGUGGAGGUAUUGCUAAUAGAGCUGUUGGUGAAACACAAAUGAAUUUGGUCAGUAGCAGAAGCCACUGCCUGUAUAUCAUCUCUAUUCAGCAGGGAACUCCCCAGAAUACAAGGGUAGAAACUGGAAAGCUAAUUCUUGUUGACUUGGCUGGAUCUGAGAAAGUUGAGAAGACUGGAGCAGAGGGAAAAGUUCUUGAAGAGGCUAAGACCAUUAAUAAGUCUCUCUCAGCACUUGGAAACGUAGUCAAAGCUUUAUCAAGUGGCAGCAAAGUGAAUCAUGUUCCAUACCGUGAUUCAAAGCUGACCCGGAUCUUGCAGGAUGCAUUGGAUGGCAAUUCUCGAAUUGCACUUCUGUGCUGUUGUUCCCCAAGCUCCUCGGAUGCAUCAGAAAGCUUGUCCACUCUCCGAUUUGGUGCUAGGACAAAGCAGAUAAGGAUAGUGUCAAAGGUUUCUUAUAGUAAAGAAAGGAAAGACCCAGAGAAUGUAGAGAAGGUUAUUCUCAAGCAGGAGGGUGAUUGUCCGUGCAAAAGUGGAAGUAUGAACAGAAUUAUAAAGAAGUUACAGCAGUAUUUGAAGGAGGAACAUGUGAAUUUGCUGGAGGAGAUGUUAAUAAUGGAAGGUAUCAUAUUCGACCCAUCAAACUCAACUGAAGAUCUGGAGUCAGUUUCUGAGGAAACAGACGGUCAGACAAUUUCAGUGCUGAGUAACGAAGUAGAACUACUUCUGAACAGAGUUGAGAAGUUAACAAGAGAAAAUGCCAUUUUGAAAGCUGCAGCUGCAUCCCAUCGGGAAUUCUCCAUACAGUCUGCACUGCAUCUCCUAUGGGCUGUCAUAGGAGAUGGCUGGAAAACAGCAUUGCUGCCAUUUCAGUGGAUAAGUGUCUGCACAUGGGCUUUGAUAAGGGAUAGCUGGACAGCAGCGACCUUACCAGUUUGGUGGGCACGUUGGGCUGCGGAUUCCCUAUUUGGAAGGGCCAUGCCAGAAAAAAGAUUUUGAUGGAGAAAUACAUUAAAGUUGUUUAGGAAUAGCAGCAAUGGGAGUCGUGAAACCAUCUUCUUGCACCUUGCACAUCAAUUUACUUUGGCUCCAACCAUACUAGAAUCUGGUCUGGCCAAAGGAAUUGUUCUCUGCAUGUUCUAGCUUCGCUAACUCUUGCCACGAGCACAACCAUGGUUGAGCUUAUAAACAACUUGAGACAAACGAAGAGAGUUCUAGCUCGCUAGUGUUUCAAGACUGAAAAAAUCAUUAGUCGGCUAAGCUUUGGCCAAUUCCUUUACGAAAGAAUCCAUAACUUUUCUAAAAGUUAA